AUGAAGGUGGUUUUAUGGUUUUCAUUAAUUGUGGGUUUAGUUAGCGCCUACAGCAGUGUUACAGAUUUGCCGGAUUACGAUGGUCAACUUCAAGAUUGUACCUCAUCGGAUAUUCAAGCUGCGUGUGAUGGAGAUUUCCAGCAAAAUCAAGCCCUGGCACAACUUCCGGCUGCAAACAUUUGGGUAGAAUCAGUAAAGUGGGCGUAUGAAAAUAAUUAUAUUGUCACCAUCAGGUACCAGCUGAGUGUUCCGACCAACCUAGGACUAUUAACUCGGUUGCAAGUUGUUGGUUUGCUAACCCCAAACAGCUAUUUGAACUAUAAGGUACUAUACGAUAGUUCCUCUCCGCUGAGUCAACUUAUAGACGAUGCCUCAGAUUGGGGUUUUACUUAUAUGACAAGUACGCAGCCAAAUGGUGAUCUUGUAUGCCAAGAAAACUUUGAGAUUGAAUACACUUGGUGUCAAGCUGAUCAGACAAAUGCAGAUGGUUGUGAUUCUUGGAAGGAACAAUAUGGUGAUCACCAGGUUUAUCUAGGUGGUUGUCCACCAACGUUGGAUUUUCCGCAGUAUUGCUGGAAACAAAACUGUGAACCUGAGAGCUCUUCUUCAUCAACGGCUUCUUCUUCCACGAGUUCAGUUGAGACUUCUGAGACCAGUGGUUCUACUGAAGCUUUUCCUUCAAUAUCGUGGACUUCUGAUACUAUUAGCUCCAGUGAAGCUGUUUCUUCUUCGAUAUCGACUUCAACGUCUUCUUCCUCGUUGACUUCAGCAGUUUCAUCUCAUGCUCAUUUAUCUACAAUAUCCUUGUCAACGUUGAGUUCAGUUUCAUCUGAUGCUUUAUUUUCAAUAUUGUCAUCAUCGACUUCAGCGACUAGCGAUUCCACUGAAGCAUUUUCAUCUAUAAUAUCGACUUCGACAUUCAUGAGUUCAGUUUUAUCUGGUGCUUAUUCAACUUUAUCCACUUCUGAGAGUGGUUCCACUGAAGCUAUUUCACCUGUAAUAUUGUCUUCAAUAUCCAUGAGUUCGGUUUCUUCUUCAAUGCCCUUUCCUUCCAGUUCCAGUGUCUCAUCUGAAUCUCUUUCAUCGACGAUAUCGUGGGCUGUUUCUUCUUCGAGUUCAGCAGUUUCAUCUUCAAUAACGACUUCAACGGCUUUCUCCACUUUGAGUUCAACAGUUUCAUCUUCAAUAUCGAGUAGACCGUCCAAUGCUUCGUCUGGAUUAUCAUCUGCUUCGUCCGCUGCUUUGUCUUCAGGUUCUUCUGUUGGUUCCUCAUUUGAAUGGGGAGAAGUGACAACGAACUCUUCUGGAAAAGAAACAACGAACACUUCAGUCGUUUCUAGCUGUGAGUGCACAGAGUCUUCCACGAUUCUGACGACCAACUCCAAUGUGUCUGUAUACUCCGAAACUGACAAACUAGUGUUGACCACUGUUUCAUCGACUACAACAGACUCAGACACUGGAAACAUAAUUGUGACAAACAACGAUGAAACCACAGUUACUGAGAAGACAACAGUACUUAUCACCAGUUGCAUCAGUAACCGAUGCUCAAAGAUCCCAGUGACGACCGAAUUGACAAUUACAAAAGCAAGCAAUGUUCACACUUGCCCGUUGCCUACUGGCUCAAAUCCACAAUCAAAUCCACAUUCAGAUUCACAUUCAGAUUCACAUUCAGAUUCACAUUCAGGUUUAAGUAUCAAUGCCGGGCAUAUUAGUGGUCGCGUUGCUCCUCAUGCUACGACUGGUUCAAACUCUGGAGCGGGCUCCGGCUUUGGGUCCCAAACUGUGGUUGAUUCAAUUGUCGCAGCAGUAGCAGCUCAGUCUACCUCUGUCGCUGAGGGUUCUAUUUUGUCACCAAUUUUUUCACUUUUCUUGAUUGUUUUGAGCAUGUUGUUUUAG